UGCACGAACGUACUUCUGCUUCGCUGUGCAAUACGAAUUACUAUGACUACGUCUGCAUAGCGCGACCGUGUUUUUUCUCGCGGUCGUGGCGCGUCUUAUCAGGUUCGUCUUAUCAAAUCCGUGCGUCUAUAUUAUUCUGUGAAUGCUAUACGUUUUUUUUUUUUUGUUUUUACUUUUCCCGCUUUGCUCCCCUCGAGUCUCGCUCGCGAUUUUUUUAUGAUCGUUUCUCGACCCCCCCCGUCAUAUCGUCCCUCCGUUCUUCCAGAUCCAAACUAUCACCACCGCCAUCCCUGCCAUCGGACACGACGAUGUGGAGUCCCACGCACGUACAGGUCACAGUUCAGAGGACCAGGAAUCUGAACGUCAAAAGCAAAAACGCAAAAAAUGAUGUAUUUGUUACUAUUGGUUUGGGUAAAGAAAAGUAUCAAACAUCGCCUAAAGAAAAGGCUGUUGAUGCUGAAUUUACCGAAUGGCAUGAAGUUUGUGAAUUGCAAAUCCCAAAACAAGGAAAUACUGCUGAAUUAGUACUUAGUGUACUUCAUAGAAAUUUUUUGGGAAUAGACCAAUUUUUAGGCCAAACAACAAUACCAUUAGCAGAUAUAGAUGUAUAUGAACGUCCUAAAAGCAAAUGGUAUCCAUUGAAAAGUAAAAAUGGUCAAGAAAACAAAGACCGUGGUGAAUUGCAAGUUAAAAUUGCAUUUACAGUUAAAUCUGGAAGUUUAUUAGAUCUUAGCAAGAAAGAAAAACAUAGACUAUCUGUUGGUCAAUUAUCACAUACCGCUUCUAACAUUAGUGGUAGUUUGAUGAGCAUUAGUAGUGUUGAUAAAAAAUCUUUUAAAAAACUAGCCAAGACAAUAACGGGAAAAAUUAAACGAGAAAAAAAAAUCCAAGAAAUAUCAUCGUCUAGUAUUAAUUUAAGCUUAGAAAAUCCGAACAAAAUAAAAUCCUCACAAGCUAGAGAUGAUGCUGACCCUGGUGUCAUUAGUGAUGAUGACGAUUUUGCUCUUGAAGAUUUAUCUCAUAAAGGAUCAGCAUGCUCUUUAGACACAUCAGGUCAAUCUGAUCGUAAAACUGUAAAUGAUUCACCUAUAAGUGGAUUGACUGUAAAUUUGUAUGGAUCAGUUGAGAGUGUCGGUAACAAUGAUACAUUAAGUAAAUCUCCAAUUAUGAAUCGGUCACCAGUUGCACAACAACAAGAUGAAUGGCAAAGAAAACUUUACAAAAACAAAGAUAACACAUUGAAACUUGCUGACACUUUAAAGUCAAAACUAAAGGACACGGUGGAAAUGCCCAUCAGUCAUGAUAAGAGCAAGGAUAAAAGUCCAACACCAUCCCUUAAAAAUAGUCCUAAAGUGCAGAAGAAACAUCUCAUUUCACCGCUGGAUGAUCGUUCUUACAACCAUAAAGAAACUAAUCAUGAAAAUGAAAGUUCUCCGAAAAAUAAAUCAGCACUAUCUUCAUGGAACAAAGCAUAUGAGCGAAUCAUAAUAGGAAAAGAAAAAGAUUCCAGUCAUGUCCAAAAUUCUCAUUCAAAACUUUCUCCAGAAGUCCUUCAGAAAUUUGAUGGUAAAUCCAGGGAUGAUCUGAUUGAAAUGAUUCUUCAGCUGCAGAGCAGUAUGCGUGAGGAGAUCAAACAUAGAACAGAAAUGGAAGAGUACUUGGAUAAGUUGUUGUUGCGAGUCAUGGAAACAUCUCCGAAAAUCUUGCAAACACCAUACAUUUGCUACUCCAAUAACAACCAUGUUUUGUAAUAUGAACCGAUCACAAAUAUUUUUAUUACUAUCAGCCACUAGGAAGCUCUUAGAGUAUUGGUUAUACCUUACUCAUUGAAAAUCAGUGUGUAAUAUAACACAUACAUUAUGAGUUCUUAGUUAACAAUAUUAUUUGUACAAUGAGAGUUAAUUAAAUUACCAUUGAGUAUAUUUUUGUACCGUUUAUUAUAUUUCUAUUUUUAUAAAUUAUUUAGGUACACAUAAUUGUACUUGAGUGAGAUUUUUUGUAGAAAGAUGCAGCACAUAAAUAAUAGUCAAUUAAUUUGAUCAAUUGAUCACUAUUCAACUAACUUAUUAUUUUGAAUUUUUGUUUUUUUUUUUCAUUCUUUGUUUUGGAGAAAUUUAUUAUUUAUAUUAUUUUUAAGAUGGUGAUCGUACAUUUUCUUACCACUACAUUUUAAACACAAAUUACAAUUUUAGAACAACAU